GAAGAAACCAUGGGAGCAAAAACUUCCCCUUCAUAACCGGUGGCAUCCUGACAUACCUCCGGUGGCAGAAGUGGCUGCAGGUGAGCUUUUUAGGAUUGAGAUGAUGGAUUUCAGUGGAGGUCGUAUUACACAGGAAAAUUCUGCAGAAGACAUCAAAUAUGCUGAACCUUCUAUUGACAAAAGAUAAUAAAAUUCAGUGGCCAAGUUAGUUCAUUUAUGGCUCCUUCAACGGCUAGAGUGGUGGUGCCUAUAGAUCUGAAGAAGAAGCCAUGGGAGCAAAAACUACCUCUUCACAACCGUUGGCAUCCAGAAAUUCCACCGGUUGCGGAGGUUAAAGAUGGUGAAUUCUUCAGAGUAGAAAUGGUAGAUUGGACUGGUGGUAUUAUUAAAGAUGAUGAUUCUGCCAUCGAUGUAAAAUCCAUAGACCUUUCAACUGUUCAUUAUAUGAGUGGACCGAUUAGAGUUCUGGACAAGGAAGGAGUUCCGGCGAAACCAGGAGAUCUGCUCGUGGUAGAAAUAUGUAACUUGGGUCCUCUCCCUGGAGAUGAAUGGGGUUUUACAGCAACAUUUGAUAGAGAGAAUGGAGGUGGUUUUUUGACUGACCAUUUUCCUUGUGCAACCAAAGCUAUUUGGUAUUUUGAAGGAAUAUAUGCCUAUUCUCCUCAUAUACCAGGGGUGAGAUUUCCAGGUUUGACUCACCCUGGAAUAAUUGGAACUGCACCAUCAAUGGAACUCCUAAAUAUAUGGAAUGAAAGAGAAAGAGAAGUCGAAGAAAAUGGGCUGCAAUCAUUCAAACUAUGCGAGGUUUUGCAUUCUAGACCGCUAGCAAAUCUACCAUCACCAAAAGGAUGCCAUCUUGGAAAGAUCCAAAAGGGCACUCCUGAAUGGGAAAAGAUUGCUAUGGAAGCAGCAAGGACAAUCCCAGGAAGAGAGAACGGAGGGAAUUGUGACAUAAAAAAUCUUAGCAGAGGCUCAAAAAUAUACCUUCCAGUAUUUGUAGAAGGAGCAAACUUUAGCACUGGUGAUAUGCACUUCUCUCAGGGCGAUGGCGAAAUCUCAUUCUGCGGCGCAAUCGAAAUGAGUGGAUUUCUAGAGCUCAAGUGUGAAAUCAUAAGAGGUGGAAUGAAGGAGUACCUUACACCGAUGGGGCCUACUCCUCUGCACGUAAACCCUAUCUUUGAGAUAGGACCAGUAGAGCCAAGAUUCUCAGAAUGGUUGGUAUUUGAAGGGAUCAGUGUCGAUGAGAGCGGAAGGCAGCAUUUUCUUGAUACAAGUGUUGCUUAUAAGCGUGCAGUACUAAAUGCGAUUGAUUACCUCUCCAAAUUUGGCUACUCCAAAGAACAGAUGUAUCUCCUGCUAUCAUGCUGUCCAUGCGAAGGAAGGAUUUCAGGAAUAGUUGAUUCUCCUAAUGCUGUGGCCACCCUCGCAAUCCCAACAGCUAUAUUUGAUCAGGACAUUCGUCCAAAAAGCGACAAGGUGCCUGUCGGCCCUCGGCUAGUGAGGAAACCGGAUGUCCUAAAAUGCACUUAUGAUGGAAAAUUACCCAUCACGAAGAACCCCAGCGCCCCGUAAUAAGGAAUCAGCACCUUUUGACUCCAGCUUCUCAUACCACUUUCCACGCCAUAUCUAUGUACAUACAUAUGUGUGCACGUAUACAUAAAUGCCUAUUUUAUUAGCAGUUUAUGGUAAGAGGAAGAAUUUUGAACUGCAAAACCUUAUUAAUAACUUUAAAAAUUCAAGGGUUAUAAACUAUGCACUU